CGACUGGCAUAUGUGAAGAAUACUUCUUGAGCUUGUUGCAUGAGGUAUAUUCCCUGGAACUUACACUGCCUGACAACACGCUCGCGCAACAACGCCAAGACGCAUACUCAUACCAUUCUUUGCUGAGUAGGGGGUUCUUGAUCAUACUGAUCUCGUAGAUCUCACCUAACUUCACGCCUUACAAGGGCAAGUGCUGCGUGAUUACCUUCUGACCCCGGGUCGCAUACCCUUACCUUCCAUUCCGCCUCGUUUCGUAAUCCCCAUAAGAUGAGGCGCAUCUUCGGGGCUAAGAAAGCUGCAGCACCACCUCCAACUUUAGAUGAAACCACGGAUCGACUAAACACUCGCGGCGACAAGGCGGAUGAGAAGAUCAAGGCCCUGGAUGAGCAGUUAGCCCGGUAUAAGGAGCAGAUCAAGAAGACGCGACCGGGGCCGGCACAAGAUGCUAUCAAGCGGCGAGCGCUGCAGGUCCUAAAACAGCGCAAGCUGUACGAGAGCCAGCGCGAGCAGCUGUUCAACCAGCAGUACAAUCUGGAGCAGACGCGGUUCACGGUGGACAGCGUGAAGGACACGGUGACCAGCGUGCAGGCGCUCAAGGCGGCCAGCAAGGAGAUGCGCUCGGCGUUCAAGCAGAACAAGGAGCUGGACAUCGGCUACAUCGAGAACAUGCAGGACGAGAUGUUUGACAUGAUGGACAUGGCUAACGAAAUCAACGAGGCGAUGGGUCGCUCGUACGCCAUACCUGAUGACGUGGACGAGAGCGACCUGAUGGCGGAGCUGGAUGCGCUGGAGGCGGACCUGGCGGUGGAGGACGCGGGCAAGGAGGGGCCCAGCUACCUGCAGGAGCCCGAGUUGGACUUGCCAGCGGCGCCAACGGCUGAGGCGGACAAGGCAGCGCAGCAGCCACCAGAGGCGCUGCGGACUUGAUGGGUGUUGCGGCCUGUGGAGCGCGAGUCUUAACAUGGGGGCCCGCUAGGCAGCAUCUGGUACAUAGUGCAUUGGUCGGCUUUUGAGGCAAGGGAACAAGUGCAAGGCAUAUGGUAUUCAUUAUUUUGGGUUCGUUCAGCAGCCGCUGGAAGGGGGCUCAUCCGAGUUUGCAUGCAUGUUUACGGAUGGGCAUAAGCGUGUCAAGUCGUUGGUGCUUACGUAACGAGAAACGUGCUUUAGGUUGAGAGGCCGCAGGUUGGCAUGGGAGAGGACGUCGGGGCUGCCUGGUGUACGCACGCAGGACAGAACGCAGCUAGAUGCGGCAUACGGUAAAUCGGCCCGCGGUUCACCAAGUAUGAUGGCGACGUCUUAGGACAGUAUGUGUGCUUGAUAUACCUUCUUUUGCAGAUAACAGUUUACGCAUGAGAGUUCUGCGAAGAGGGCAGCUUGCCGGGAUGGCCUCCGGCGCAGAUGAGGUAACUGACUAAGUGGCCCGCACCUGUAGAAAAGGCCGCUUGUGAUAAUUAGCAUAUCAUAACAAAUUAUACUGUAUUCUCAAAACUACCUAUUUGCGAAUUGCGCUUGGGCUUACAACAACAGGACGUCCAGCGCAGCUGCUCAACCUUGGCGGAAGCUUAAUACAUUAAGGUUCUCUGUUGAGCAUACCACACAGCUUAUAGUUGAAAUGCGUGCACUAGGGGCGCCUCAGGCGGGCGUGAGGCACCGCGCAGGCCAUUGCCAUGUUAAAUGCACCCGAGAUUGCCGUGUUCGCGCUGCGACCGGCUUGGAAGCAUCGACUUCUGGCACUGUCGCUGGCGUCCGUGUAACAAAGGCGUUAAAAGAGUGGGCUCCGACUAUAGAGGCAAUAGGCCACGGCGAGCAGACGGUUCUGUUCCGCAAGGGCGGCAUUAAGGAGCCCACCUUCCGACCGGAGGCCAGCGCAUUCCUCUUCUUCCCCACCAGCUUCCAUACCGACCAGCAGCUGCUUAAGCCAGGGGUCGCCGAGCGCUACCCGGAGGCAAUGCGGCUAGAACCCAAGUCGGAAUCCGUACUGCAGCUGCCGUACGUGGCGCAAGUGACGGGCGCCUGGACAACCCACGACCCACGGGUCCUGCCGCUGCUAGACGAGUUCCACGUGUGGACUGAGCAGUUCAUCGAGACGCGGCUCAAGUGGCGCGCCAAGCAGCCCAUCACGGUGAUGGAGCUGCGCUGCUGGCGGCUGCGGAGGGGCCUGCAGCUGCCGGUGGCGGAAUCUCUGUUCGGCUGCUUCUCAUGGGUUGACUUGUCGGCGCAUGUGGGGGAGGACCUGCUAGAGGGGGCGGAGCCGGUCAUCGAUGACGCCGCCUUUGCUGUCCGGCAGCAGCGGAUGCGCGCUGCGUUGGGCGGUGUGGAGGCCGAGCCCCUUGUCCUUGACUGAGGGGGCAAAGCAUGGGUCAGGUUACUGAGGGCUGUCUCUUCGCGCUCUAGCUUUGACCAAAUUCUUAUAAGGUAUCAACAGCUGUAUUGUUCCCAGUGCGUCUGCUACGUGGCGGCCUGUUCGACUUUUCUACAUGCGGAUGGGAGGGGCCAAGGAACGUUGUAGACAUUGGUUACCAUUGCUAGCGAUCAGGCAAGGGCUUGGCAUGACCGUAGCCAUCUACGAGGACAUAUGCGUGUCGCAUGUUGGGGCAUGUAACUUCAACCUUGCCAAUUGCGUGCACGGAGCAGUCUGAACGGAAAAUGGUAUGAGAGGGGCAGGCAACUCCUUACAUCGUAGUGAGGCUGUUGGGCAAUGACACAACAGGGCACUUUGACCUUAUAG